UCUUGAUAAAGAGAACAAGUCUAUUGCUAGCAGCAAGACUUUUAUUAAAUUUUUAGAUUUUAUCCAAGUUUUGCACAUCACAUUGUAGUCGUUGCGCGAUAAUAUUUGGGUAUUAGUUUCGAAUUGAAGGAUGGGGGACCACGCGGACCAGAACCACGAUGAGGUACCCACUCUGGAAGGUGUCAUCUGGCACGAUGUGGUGGACAGAAUCGAAUUUGAAUGCCGGGCAUUCAGCACUGGUAAUAUGGAUGCACUGGAACGUCGACGUCAAGUGGAGUGUGCCCUCAAUCGUGUGAUGCCCUGGAAUGAUGUACACUUUUCCCGAAUCAAUCUACCCCAUUCGCAUUCCUUUGAGUGCAACAAUCCCGCCGAUUACAGGCGCAUGAUGACCGAAAAUAUGGGUGCCACAACGCGAGUUUGCAUCGGAACAGCCACUUUCUGGUGUAUUCCUUCACUUCUGCAAUUCCAUUGCAAUUAUUUCGAACGCCACAUUCGCCGGGGCUAUCGCUUUCGCGAGGGCGCUGACCUUACUGCCGUGGGUUUUCGAGCUGCCUACGAUUGGAUGAGAUUGCAAGAGUCUCUGGGAAACGAUAUAGGAGCGGAACAAGUGGUUGCCACGCUGCAUACGGCCAUGCAACUAGAGAUGCGAGCACUGCAGACGGACUGUUAUCGAUUCCUGUGCGGAGCCCACUUCCGAGAGGAGAUUGCCUUCGAGGUUUACCUAAAGGCCCUGAAGUAUCCCGAGCUCGAAGCGCUCCGCAAGGUGAUGCUUCAGAGGAUCGGCGUUCAUUUUCUGGCCGUGGUGGGGGGAAUGCAUUUUCGGCAGAUGCCCCUAGAGGAUGUGAUCACCAUGAUUUCCCAGGAUUCUUUGGGGGUCAAUUCCGAAGUGGAGGUCCUAUUUGCCCUUAUCUGCUGGCUAGCCCAUCGUCCGCAGGAAUCCCCAAGCCUGAUGCCACAACUGAUUGGGUGCGUUAGAUUCACCUUAAUGCCACUACCCGUUCUACGAAGACUGUGGGACAUAUCUUCGGUGUCCAGCAGCCCCUCGAGUACCGACGGUACUUUUUGGCUCGCUUUUCAUAACGAUCUCAAAAUGCGGGAGAGGAUCAGUUUUGCGAUCACUGUGGCGUCGCUGCGACUUUUGCAUCCCACUCGUCGCGCAUUUCUCGAAUCCCUGAAGGAUGUUGAAGUGGAGGCCCCAAGGGAGUGGAUGUACGACGAAGCGUGUUCCUAUCACUUGCCGUACCCCAAGGGUCCCUACAGUCAUGUUGUGAAUGGUCGAGGAAUUCUUUCCUAUGUCUCGCAGAGAGCUCAGGGAGCGAGGGAGUUUCAAACGACUUGUUCAAGGCGUUCAAGGACCCUUCUGCCAGCUACCAAUGAUCUACAGACCAUCGAGGAGGUACCUGAGGAAGAUAGAGGAGAGGAGAAUCGCGAAGAAGCCGCCGGACCUGAACCUAAAAGCCAAGAUCCUACCGCAGCAACCCAGCAGAUCCUGGACGAGGGCGAAAACAACGUUGCUGAUGAAAAUGUAAAUCGCUUGGAAUUCCACGAACCGAUUAGGGGACUUGACAGACUUGUGAUGGAAGCACGAUUACGAACGGUCGCUUUUCUCCCCUGGCGUAAUGGGUUAAGGAUGCCUGCCACGCGUCCGGCUACGGAAAUUAGCCCUUUUCUCUUACCUGUGGAGGGUGUAACUGCUGAAUCUGAGUUCAGAUUCGGAUUCAAGGUGUUUGAGGAUGAGGAUGAGGAACAGAACGAAAAUUACUUGAGCGAGUUGAAAGCCCUGUGCUUUGAAUUGAAUCUAUUUCUGCCCCACGAAGAUGAUCCUCAGCCUCCCGAACUGGAAGUUACACCACCCGAGGAACAGAUUCAUCCCCUCGAAACCUAUGUGAAGGAAACAGAUCUCCUGAUCAGAGGGUUGUUAAAGCAUCUUGACUAGAAUGUGAUGCCUCAGGCCCCUUAGCGCUCAGUUUAUGGAUGUAUAGCCCCUUUAAAUUGCUGUUCACCGAAACAGCUAGUGGAUGUAAUUAUUAUUUCGAGUUACAAAUAAAAUAUGAAAAAU